UACUCUUGUCUGAACGCAUGAGUUGCUGAUGAUGGCGUUCUUCGCAAUUCGCAUCACUGUCGGAAGCGAUCGUGAGAUAUACAGAGCAGUUCAAUUUCAGUUAACUUCGAGAUGUUUAACUGUUUUUACUCAGUCAAUUCUUUUGUCACUGAGUGAUCGGAUCACUGUGCAGCAAUGUCUUACCUUCCAACUCUCUUUAAAUACGUCGAUGAGCACCAGGAAGACUAUGUGAAGCGCCUGUCACAAUGGGUUGCUGUACAGAGUGUGUCUGCCUGGCCAGAGAAACGAGGAGAAAUAAAGAAGAUGAUGGAGAUAGCAGCCAAAGACAUUGAGAGACUGGGAGGAACUGUGGAGAUGGUUGACAUUGGCAUGCAGAAGUUGCCAGGUGGUGAAGAGAUCCCUCUUCCUCCAAUAGUUCUGGGCAGACUUGGCUCAGACCCAGGCAAGAAGACAGUGUGUAUUUAUGGGCACUUGGAUGUGCAGCCAGCCAACACUGAGGAUGGCUGGGACUCACCGCCCUUCACCCUGGUGGAGAAAGACGGUAAAAUGUACGGACGUGGAUCUACUGAUGAUAAAGGCCCUGUAUUAGCCUGGUUCAACAUCAUUGAGGCCUAUCAGAAGAUAGGACAGGAACUGCCCAUCAAUAUAAAGUUCUGCUUUGAGGGAAUGGAGGAGUCUGGAUCAGAAGGAUUGGACGAGCUGGUUUUCUCUCGCAAAGAUACUUUCUUUAAGGAUGUGAACUAUAUCUGCAUUUCUGAUAACUACUGGCUUGGGAAGACCAAGCCCUGCAUUACCUAUGGCCUGAGAGGAGUCUGCUACUUCUACGUUGAGGUGGAAUGCUGUGAUAAAGAUCUUCACUCUGGAGUGUUUGGAGGAUCUGUUCAUGAGGCCAUGACUGACCUCAUAGGUUUGAUGGGGUCUUUGGUGGAUAACAAAGGGAAAAUUUUAAUACCAGGGUUAUAUGACCAGGUGGCUAAAUUGACUGAUGAAGAGAAGAAGCUCUACGAAAAGAUCGAGUUUGACAUGGAAGAAUAUGCCAGAGAUAUUGGAGCUGGCAAACUGCUUCAUGACACAAAGGAGCAAAUUCUGAUGCAUCGUUGGAGAUACCCAUCCCUGUCUCUGCAUGGCAUAGAGGGAGCGUUCUCUGAGACAGGAGCCAAAACGGUCAUUCCCCGCAAGGUCAAUGGCAAGUUCUCUAUCCGCCUGGUCCCUGACAUGGAUCCGAAAGUGGUGGAGAAACAGGUAAUUACCCAUGUAGAGAAGAAAUUCGCCGAACUGCAAAGUCCCAACAAACUGAAAGUGUACAUGGGACAUGGAGCCAGGGCCUGGGUGUCUGACUUUAACCAUCCUCACUACAUGGCUGGCAGAAAGGCCAUGAAGACUGUGUUUGGUGUGGAGCCUGACCUCACCCGUGAGGGAUGUAGUAUCCCUGUGACUCUGACCUUCCAGGAAGCAACCGGCCAGAAUGUCAUGCUGCUGCCUGUCGGUUCCUCUGACGACGGAGCUCACUCACAGAAUGAGAAACUCAACAGAUCCAACUAUAUUCAGGGCACCAAGAUGUUGGGAGCUUACUUCUAUGAAGUAUCUCAGCUUAGCUAACUGGAACGUCUGAUUCUAAGUGUCUAGGCUGGUGUAUUUUUAAUUGUCAAUAAAAUACUUUGAUAAGGG